CCUAAGACCAUAUUGGUUGCUUACUUUGUUCUACGGCACAGCUACCCAAAGAAGAAGAUCAGCUUCGGAAUGACUUCCGUCCCUCAUUGGCUAGUUUUUGAUCUUCUCACAGUUUUUAGGAGUUCGGCGUUGUUCUCGAGUGGGAACUUGUUAAAUAACAAAGGAAAAUCGAUCGAAUAUCGCGUUGACCGCAAGACUAGGAUGCCAGGAUCCCGGAUUACCGGGUGCGAUUCUCGCUCAUCGCUUUCUAUAUAUGUCUAGGUGUUUAAUUUUGAUUACCUAUGCCCUUGCUACUUGCUGCACAAGGAUGUUGGUUUUGUUUAAGCAAGGGCUUGUUCAAGGACUGGGGGAUGUUUGAUGGAGUCAUCAUCGUCGGGCCCGGGGUUAUAAAAUCUCCUCAUGCCACUUCUUUGUGUUUGUGUUCCCUUUACUUUUCUGUUCUGCUGUUGGAAGGCCAAUGAUUGGUGUUGCUUUCUCUUAGGGGUAUACAACACUCGUAAGGAAUAAGGAAAUAAAAGCAAGAGUAUGGCACGCUUAUCAGCCCUCUUCAGCGCUUUCUUACUCGGUGUCGCACACGCGGAUCAGUACAUGAACUUGACGACUCUUACGGGGAGGGAUAAUGUCUCGGUUCUCGAGUGCUGGCAGCUGAGCACACCGUUCGCUACUUCGGAUGUGCCUGGUGUUGCUGGCACGCAGACGCUGGAGUUGGGUGGUUUGGCUAAUGCGACGUAUACGGUUAUACCGCCACGGUUCGAUAGCGGGUUGCACAACGCGCCGGUGAAGCAAUACGUCUGGUUCGUCAGCGGGGUUGCACAUCUGAGUUUGCCGAACGCCACGGGCGAAGCCAUUGUGAAUGGCGGUAGAUACGGACUUAUAUAUGCCGACGAUACGAAGGAUAUCUCCGGCUGGGGACACCUCUCGAGAUACCCCGGUGGUGACCAGACUAUCACGGUGACGUUCCCUGUGCAGGAUGGCGUUAAUCCUAAUCACACGGUGCUACAUGACGGCCCUUGCACCUUGAGCGAGUCGAUGGGUGUGUAGGAUAUGUUGUACGUGGAAAGGAGAUGGGUUAAAAUCUGAUAGGCGUAUGAGUUAUGAUGUCAAGUUUAAGACUUAUAUGGAAGACAGUUGAGAUGUGUGGUGUUCGGAAUGGUCGACCUUCGAGAUGCAUUAUUCCUGUCUUGGUCGCGAUCUCUGUCCCGAAACCCUUGUCAUAACGAUCGGAUGUAUAUGAUACCUUCAAGAAUGUGAAUAUAAUUUAAGAUACCUCUCUAAGCUGUAUAAUAAAAUUUAAGUAUGGCUAUUUGGUGUUGUCGUAUAUGGC